AUGGCGGACUGGUGGCCUCACCCUCUCAUGGGUCUGGGCACUCCAGGAGUGUUGAGAUACCUUCCCAGCGAGCGUUCCGGAGAAGGUCCUGGCUUAUUGGAGACUUCCCGGUUCACUUCACGAUGUCCUCAAUUCAAGAUCAUCGGCUCCUCAACAGAAACUUACUCGGCUUCGAGAAGCCAGCUUCCCGAGACUUCCGCCCGGCUCUGGGACGAGCGUCAAACCCAGCAGCGAUGGCUAUUCAAAUCUCACCCAGAUAUUGCACUUGGCAAUACAGCAUAUCAGGAUGUCCUCAAGGAAGACAUGGCCGCACUCAACCUCUCAGACGAGACCCCGAAUCCGAGACCUCUCCUGGCUAUCGGACAUGUUCCGGAUCCAAGUGACAAAGCAGGCAUCAGAAAGCUCCCUAUUACGGCUGUCGCUUGUGGAGAGGCUGGCGAGCUUUUGCGACUUGCGCGCAUGGAAGAUGUGCAGCUGCAGUGGGGAGACGAUGCGGAUGCCUUUCUGAACAUGGAGGCCAUCGAUCCGACUCAGAGAGAUGCAGAGACGAUCUGGACGAAUGACGGGUUGCCCAUUCGGCAGAUCAAGUCUGCUGGGAAUCGACUGCAGGACGACACACUCAGGUGGCUGUUGGUUCAGAAAGAAACAGCGACGACGAUCCUCAGACCGGAAUUGCGCCAGAUCCCCACCACGUCAAAUCAGCCCAGUAGCACUUUGAUUCGAGAGCGGCCGUCACUGAUCAACCCAAACCCGUUGCUGUCUAUUCCACAUGCCCAGACUGGUGGAAGACCUCACUCCGACGUCGUUCUUCUUACCACAGCACACGGACGAUCGCACCAACUCGCCAUCAUAGACGAGAGCGGUUAUUGGAGCAUAUGGGACCUCACAGGAGCUUGGCAGGUCCAGCGAAAGGGCGCUCCUCAAUACUCUCUCAGUAAAUGCGGACAUAUUUCUGAUGGUCUAUUAAGCGAGCUACCCUCCAAAUCUUCGUUUCUGAGAGAAAGGCACGGUCUUCUUGUCCUAGAAGGCGUGUGGCAUGGGAAAACGGAAAGUUCGCCGUCCGCGUCCGCGUCCGCCCGCAAGGCGACAGAUUCUGCCGCGCGAUACCUGCUGAUGUGGAAUCACGAGAGGAUGGAAGUGCUGAACUUGGAUACAAACAUAUUUCUUCCGCGGCUGGGGCGCAUUAUGCGGCAGAGGGGCAAGUUGGAUUGGAUUUUGGAUAUUCAUCGCAGCCCGACUAGGCAGAACCACGUUUUCAUCCUCACGCAGUAUCACAUCACCUGGGUCGAUGUGUUGAGCCGCGAUGAUUCAGGGCCAGGACCUUUGAAGCCGUCCGUAUUGCUUUCGUGUCCACACUUGGGUACUAAAAAGGACGAUUCAAGGAUGUUUGUUUGUCGAGCGUCAGACGAUGACCCGGAUACAUCACUGGUCUUCAUCUACUACCCACGAACGGGCCAGCUUUGCAUAUUCUGGUUCACAUAUUCGCCUGCGAGCCGAAUGCCGCAGUGGCAUCGCGACAUCAUCUCCCUUCCGGGAAGCGAGGACAGGGAAUUUCCGGCAAAGAAUGUGAUUGAGUACCUAAGAGUUGACCCCGUGCAACUAGCCUUCUCAGUCAAGGAAAAUGCGUCGAGUCCUGGCAUCGACUACCAUCGAAGAGGCGCUCGAUUCUAUCAGCUCACUUUCUUGGGCACCGAUUUCAGUUUGCAGCGCUGUCUAUGCGCCACCACAGACGAUCCGAAACUGGAUAUCCGAGAGCCGACGUCGUCUGUUGCGUGGGCUGAAGCUAAGCAACACAAGCAGAGAGAGAAAAGGAGAAGGGCGAUUAUGAGUCAAUUUUCUAGCUCGUUUAUUCUCCCGGACGAUAUGACGAUGACCGACGUCGAGGCGUUGUUGAACGGCGAAGAAGUCGAGGAUGAAGAAGACCUUGACGGUGUUGUUCCAAGCUCAGCACUUGCACGGCCGACUCGCAUCAGAAUGGACCAGGUAUAUCAGACCCUCCAAGAAUCACUUGAAGCAUCAAGGAGUCAAGGGGAAAGCGGCCUCCCUUCUCAACUGUUCGAAGCUCUUAGACAGUGUCUCAGCGACGGAUUUGACCAGGGAAGGCUGCCGUUGCUCACGUGGGGUGAAGUGGUUGAGACGAUGCUACGAGAUCCAACAUUCGAAACCCCUGAUGACCCUAUGAGAGACGAGAUGGAGAGGUUGCUGGACGAGAACAACGAGAAGACCGUCGUCACUCCACUUUAUCAAUACAACCGCGACGAGAUGCUUGCGUCCCUGGUCAGCCUGCAGUAUCUUCAGCGGUACUUUGCCGAGCUCUGGGUGGAUCCGGCAAAGGGCAUCUUCAGUGAGGAUAUGCAUCGAAUCCGACGAAUCUGGGUCACAGAACUGGCUCGGGACGUCUUUCUGUCAAGCUACGGCAUCAUGUACCAAGAUAUACCAUUACUUGGGCCUGCCAGCUCAGAGUUGCCAGAGGAAGAAAGUCAGAGAUCGCGGUCUGGGCCUCAUUUUGGCAGCUCUCAAAUCGGCAGCUCCCAAGUCGCCACCUCGUCGAGGUCGAGUUCUCGGGACUGGGCAUCUUCACCAGCACAAUCGCCCGCUGCAUCGACAGCCUUUGCGGGCCCCGACGAGGCGGUUCAGCGACUCCGACUGCUGGCCAAGUCUAUUGAUACCGAUAAGACAGACGCCUCAAGGAGAUCGAAUGUGCUCGCCUACUGGCCCAAGGAACGGGGCAUCGACCUAAACGAGUACGUGUCGAGCGUGGCCAGAGCAAACGAAGAGCUCUUCAGAGAUGCCAAAGAAAGGCUACAGAGGAUCGAGGCCAAGCGAAAGGCCCGGUCCGAAAAGUUCAGGCGGCCCGCCUUCAUGAGGCAGGGGCUUCCGGACAUCAAUCCCAUCAGUUCCAUGGCGCCGACGCGGCCUGCUCCCAUGCAGAUCAUGUCCAGCCAGGGAGGUCCGGAGGCGACGCAGACGCAGGUGCCCGUUAUGGCGACGAUGAGCCAGCCUGCGCCUGGGGUGUUUGGCGAUAGGAAGAAGGUGAAGAAGAAGAAGAGAAAGCUUGGGUUCAGAUAG